AUGGCAUUAAUCAAAGCAUCCGCAAGCACCGAUCAGGGUGUUUUACAGACAAUUGACGAUGAAGUAGCCGCUUUGCGUACACUGAUCACUAGCAUGAAUCGACAGCGCAAUAGCUUCGCCCGCAUAUCUUGUCUUCCGCCUGAAAUCCUGAGUCGUAUAUUCUCCUUUCUGGCAGUCAUCAAUGUGCCCACUGGUUACAAUUUUUCGCCCAAGAGCGUAGGUCAAAAGCUAGGGUGGAUCAGGGUCUCCCACGUUUGCAGCUAUUGGCGGGAAGUUGCUCUCAAGGAUCCCACACUAUGGAGAUGUAUUCCUUUCCUCCUUGGUUCCCAGUGGGUGGCGGAGGCGCUUGUACGCGCAAAAGGAGCACCACUUAUUAUCGAUAUCAAGGAUCAGUUUCAUGAUAAGGAAAGAGCGCGAUCAUUCAUCUCGUCCACUCUACCUCAUCUCUCCCACGUUCAAUGCCUGAAGCUAAGCGGAUCUACAACGCAGUUCCUGAGCGCAAUACAGUCUCUUACGCUUCCCGCGCCCAUCAUAGAUUCCAUUGACUUGCAAUUUUCUGGUGAAGACAUAGUACUUCAUCUGCCUCCGGGUCUCUUUGCUCAACAUGCCCCACGCUUACGCACAGCUCUAUUUGACGACGUGAAGGCUACUUGGUCCUCCCCAAUCUUGCGUAAUCUAACUACCCUAUCUAUCUCGUUAUCCCAAAGGAAAGUUUCGCCCUCCAACUUACCUUCCCCAUCUGAGUUUUUCGAGGCGAUGUCAAACAUGCCUCAUCUCGAGCAUUUGACCAUCCGGCACUCUCUUCCCAGGCCCCUUACCGCUAUUUCCCAUGGGUAUAGCCUUACCGUCACACUCCAUCGACUUAUGAGUCUUACUUUAGAAGAUACUUGGUUCAGCUCUAUGGCAGCCCUCCAAAUCAUUCGAUUUCCCAGCACCACAGAUCUGGACCUGGGUUUGACAUUGGCACAAAACACCCGCGAAACUAACAAUAUACUCCCUCGUAUUCUCCAG